AUUUUUGGACAAACUCCUGGAUGGCAAUCGCUUAUCAACGAAGAAAACCAAGUCAUGGGUUGAGAGUCUGAUCGAUACGGCGUUUCACGGAAAUUUGAAAAUGGAUGUGAAUAUCGAUGGUACCAAUUGUCCCAUCAAGAUAGACAUAAUCAAAAGUGGACCAGCGUUGACCAUAAAACUGGAAGGUGUCCACAAUUUGAAAAAAUUCGAACUAAAAAUUGACUUUGUCCCUUGUUUUAUUUUCCCAGCGGAUCAGUGGCCCAAAAAUGGUUACAGGCGAAAUCUUUCACAUAAUAAGAAAACUUUUUUCGUUGUCCCGAAAAGUCCGAACGAUUUGGACGUUUACAACUGGAGACUGAGCUUCCAAGAACAAGAGCGUGAAUUACUCCAUAAUUACAAAAACAUGAAGUCGAGCAUUAGACUAAUCAAGAAAAUACGAGACCGACAUGACCACAACAUUGCCAGCUAUUUUAUCAAGACUGUCUUUAUGUGGGAACUGGAAAAUUUCGAUAAAAAUUUCUGGGAACAGUCGUUAAGUUUCGUGUUUAUGACUAUGUUGAGAAAAUACGGUGAGUAUAUAAAACGGCGCAACAUCCCGAACUAUUGGCACGAAAAACACAAUCUGAUCGAAGAUUUGAGAGAAGAAACUGCUGUUUGUAUCGCAAAUAAAAUCCGGAAUAUUGGCGACCACAUCGAGCGAAUUUGUAGCACAAACUCGGGUUUUUACGACAUUGUUAAUUAUUUCUUAAAGUCCCACGAGUUUGACUUGGACAGUUUUAAACAAGAAGUGAGUGUUGGUAAAAAGCUGCUCAAACGAAUGGAAUCUGACAAAAAUCUGGCACAAGUUUCGACAAAUUCUGACGAUUCGGAAACGUCUGAUUUUGCAAAAUUGGAAAAUUUGUGCCUUCAAUUGGCCUCAGAUCAGAGGAAGAUUGUGGGUUUGCUGGAACGUUUGGGGGAAGAUUUGGAGAAGAAGAAAACGGAAGAUGAACGAAUUGUGAGGAGGAUUGAGUCAAAAAUUGACCGCUUGUUGGCGAAAAUAACUGUUGAAGAUUUUACGAGGUGAUUUAGAAAAAAAAAAAGUGUUAUUUUGUCGUUUUCUCAAGUCUAGGCAAAUUGUAUUGAUAAAGAGGGCUGACAUUAGGAAAACAGCUUUAAUAAA